AAGUUUUCGCCCAAAUAGGCGGCAGCGGCCAGCGCAAAAUUUGAACGAAACCGCCGCGCCGGCCGCCGGAGCCCGAGCCACUCAAUACUCCCGUGUCCAGUCCAAUCAGCCGCCUCUCCUCUCACAGCUGCGCACACGCCGCCACGAUUCAAGACCGCCGCCCGCUAGUCUCGAAGGGCCGCGACGGGAGGCAUGGAAGGUGACGGCGAGACCUCGGCGGCGGAGGCGGCGCUCGGACUGAGCCCUCAGACCUUCAUCAACGAGGUCCUCAACUUCGUCGACGACGUCUGCUUCCAGGCCUUCGACUACUGCCUCCAGGAAGGCGCCCCCACGGCGGUCGGCGCCGCCACGGCGACCAAUAAGGCCGAGGAGCUGAAACGGGGAGUAAAUGAAAUUCACCACUUGGUAAAGGAUGUAUUGGACAAGAGAAUGAACAAUUGGGAGAUGUAUUGCCUUCGGAAAUGUUUAACUGUACCUGAAGGAUUUGUGGCACCUGAAGAUGAUAAUUCUUCUGCAAUGGUGUUGCAUAAAGAUGGGAAUUCUGAUUCGGAACUGGAUGCAGAACUUAAUUCUUUGAGAAAAAAACUGGCAGAUGCUAACAAGGAAUCUGAAGAACUUCAAAGAGAAAUUUCUUCCUUGGAAAGGCAAACUACAUACAAGAGUAACCUUAAUUCCUCUAUCGCUGAAGUACUGAAGUUGUUUGAAGACAAAUCUGUUCAGGAGAAUAUACAAGCUAUUGCGAACACAAUACCAAAAUUGCACCAGAAAAUGAAGGUUAUGAAAAGGAAAAAGGUUGAGCUUGAGGCCAUGGUGGGCCAAAAUGUUUGGAACGUCAAUUGUCUUAGAGACCAGAAGCGUUUAGCACCGGGUUCCGCUCCUAGCACUGAGGACAUGCAAGAGGUGAAUGCGGCUGUGAAUGACUCGCGGAAGGAGUAACAUGUGUUGUGGGGGUUUGCAAUAUGAGGAUGUCAACCGCCCCCAUGUACUACAAAGUCCCCUGUAAUGUUGUCAAGCUACCCUCUCGCUAGCUACCUGAACUGCAGCUCUAUCAGAACAGCUGUAUGUACAUGUCAACAUCUAUACAUAUGUUGUCUCUCCAGACUCAAAAGACCACUAGCACAGUAGCACUCUCCAGUCUCCAGCAUUCUAUAAGAUCUCUAGUGCUUAAUCCCAUCCGUCUACCAUUGUUGCCGCUGCACGCAAUUGAGAUAAACAAAUAGAAAGAUCUGCAGUAGACUCUCCCUGGGUGUGUUCCUGUCGAAUACAACCUUUUUGUUUGUGUAUAAAAAAUUGUCCAAUGCUCCUUUGUGUUGGGUUUCUUCUUUA